AUGGAUGCUGCGGGAAGGGGCUGCCAUUUGCCGCCUCUGCGAGCGGCGCGCAGACCUGUUCGCCCUCCGGCGGUGGCGGCCGCCGUCAGCGCUGUUCGUCUGUCCGGCUUCUGCAGCGGCGCCGCCUCGGCUCCCUCCGCGGCCGCCGGAGCGGUCGCCAUGAACCCCAGCUCCUCGGCGGCAGAGGAAAAGGGGGCAACGGGCGGCAGCAGCAGCAGCGGAAGCGGCGCCGGGAGCUGCUGCCUGGGCGCCGAGGGCGGUGCGGACCCGAGGGGCGCGGGGGCAGCGGCGGCGGCUGGGGCCGCUGCCCUGGAAGAGCCCGGGGCCGCCGGCCCGAACGAGAAGGACGAGGCGCUGGAGGAGAAGCUGCGGAACUUAACUUUCCGGAAGCAGGUCUCGUACAGGAAAGCAAUCUCCCGGGCGGGCCUGCAGCACCUGGCUCCUGCACAUCCCCUCAGCCUUCCUGUGGCAAACGGGCCAGCGAAGGAGCCCAGAGCGACUCUGGACUGGAGUGAAAAUGCCGUGAAUGGAGAGCACCUGUGGCUGGAGACCAACGUCUCGGGAGACCUGUGCUACCUGGGGGAGGAGAACUGCCAAGUCAGAUUUGCAAAAUCAGCUCUCAGGAGGAAGUGUGCGGUCUGUAAGAUCGUCGUCCACACCGCCUGCAUCGAACAGCUAGAAAAGAUUAAUUUCAGAUGUAAACCAACAUUUCGAGAAGGGGGCUCAAGAUCACCGAGAGAAAAUUUUGUGCGUCAUCACUGGGUACACAGGCGUCGGCAGGAGGGAAAAUGUAAGCAGUGUGGUAAGGGCUUCCAGCAGAAAUUCUCCUUCCACAGUAAAGAGAUUGUGGCUAUCAGCUGUUCCUGGUGCAAGCAGGCGUUUCACAAUAAGGUGACCUGCUUCAUGCUGCAUCAGAUUGAGGAACCCUGCUCCCUGGGGGCUCACGCCGCCGUUAUUGUCCCGCCCACCUGGAUCAUUAAGGUGAAGAAACCUCAGAACUCGCUGAAGGCUUCAAAUCGGAAGAAGAAGAGAACAAGCUUUAAAAGAAAAGCCAGUAAAAGAGGAACUGAAGAAAACAAAGGUCGUCCUUUUGUGAUAAAACCUAUCUCUUCUCCUCUCAUGAAACCCUUGCUUGUGUUUGUGAACCCCAAGAGUGGAGGCAACCAGGGAACCAAAGUCCUGCAGAUGUUCAUGUGGUACCUGAAUCCACGGCAAGUCUUUGAUCUUUCUCAGGAAGGGCCAAAAGAUGCGCUUGAAUUAUAUAGGAAAGUACCAAAUCUGCGGAUUCUGGCCUGUGGUGGGGAUGGAACGGUGGGCUGGAUCCUUUCCAUUCUGGAUGAACUGCAGCUGAGCCCUCAGCCUCCGGUUGGGGUCCUUCCUCUGGGGACUGGGAACGACCUGGCUCGAACUCUCAACUGGGGAGGGGGCUACACUGAUGAACCUGUUUCUAAGAUCCUUUGCCAAGUAGAAGAUGGGACAAUUGUACAGCUAGAUCGCUGGAACCUCCAUGUGGAAAGAAACCCAGACUUGCCUCCAGAAGAACUUGAAGAUGGCGUGUGUAAGCUUCCUCUGAAUGUUUUCAAUAAUUACUUCAGCCUCGGAUUUGAUGCCCACGUCACGCUGGAGUUCCAUGAAUCCAGAGAAGCAAAUCCAGAGAAAUUCAACAGUCGUUUUCGAAAUAAAAUGUUCUAUGCAGGGGCAGCUUUUUCUGAUUUCCUACAGAGAAGCUCUAGAGAUUUAUCCAAGCAUGUUAAAGUUGUCUGUGAUGGAACAGAUCUCACCCCAAAGAUUCAGGAACUGAAGUUCCAGUGUAUAGUAUUUUUAAAUAUACCCAGAUAUUGUGCUGGCACAAUGCCUUGGGGGAACCCAGGAGAUCACCAUGACUUUGAACCUCAGCGUCAUGAUGAUGGUUAUAUUGAAGUCAUUGGAUUCACCAUGGCCUCUCUGGCUGCCCUGCAAGUCGGGGGCCACGGAGAAAGGCUGCACCAGUGUCGGGAGGUCAUGCUGCUAACUUACAAAUCCAUCCCCAUGCAAGUGGAUGGAGAGCCCUGUAGGUUGGCCCCGGCUAUGAUUCGGAUCUCGCUGAGGAAUCAGGCCAACAUGGUACAGAAGAGCAAGAGGAGGACGUCCAUGCCUUUACUCAAUGAUCCCCAGUCUGUCCCAGACCGUCUGAGGAUCCGGGUGAACAAAAUCAGUUUACAAGACUAUGAAGGAUUCCACUAUGACAAAGAGAAACUCCGGGAAGCUUCCAUCCCUCUGGGUAUUCUAGUUGUGCGUGGAGACUGUGAUUUGGAGACUUGCCGUAUGUACAUAGAUCGCCUGCAGGAGGACCUGCAGUCAGUUUCUUCUGGCUUCCAGAGAGUUCAUUAUCAGGACCACGAAACCUCCUUCCCCAGGGCGCUCUCAGCUCAGAGACUCUCCCCACGGUGGUGCUUUCUAGAUGCUACUUCUGCUGAUCGCUUUUAUCGAAUAGACAGAUCUCAGGAACAUUUGCACUUUGUGAUGGAGAUUUCUCAAGAUGAGAUUUUUAUUCUGGACCCAGAUAUGGUGUUGUCACAGCAGGCAGGGACACCGCCAGGAAUGCCUGAUCUGGUGGUGGAGCAAGCCUCAGGAAUGACAGACUGGUGGAAUCCUGCCCUCCGGAAGCGCAUGCUGAGUGACAGCGGGCUGGGAAUGGUAACUCCGUUUUACGAAGACUCAGAUCUGAAAGAUUUCAGCCACUCCCGAGUGCUACAGUCACCAGUCUCUUCAGAAGAUCACGCAAUUUUGCAGGCAGUAAUAGCUGGUGAUCUUAUGAAGCUAAUAGAAAGCUAUAAAAAUGGAGGCAGCCUGCUAAUUCAGGGACCAGACCACUGUUCACUCCUUCACUACGCAGCUAAAACCGGCAACGGGGAGAUUGUGAAAUAUAUCCUUGACCACGGACCUUCUGAGUUAUUGGAUAUGGCAGACAGUGAAACGGGUGAGACCGCACUGCACAAGGCAGCUUGCCAGCGGAACCGGGCUGUGUGCCAGCUUCUGGUGGACGCGGGAGCAUCUCUGAGAAAAACGGACUCCAAGGGUAAGACACCUCAAGAGAGAGCACAGCAGGCCGGGGACCCGGAUUUGGCAGCCUACCUAGAAAGCCGCCAGAACUAUAAGAUCAUUGGCCAUGAGGACCUGGAAACUGCUGUUUGACCCUGGUAGACAGGCUGAGAGAAUCUGAAUGAGCAUAUCACCUGUGCCCUCCUGGUGAUUGGGCAGCUCCCCUGGAAGAAGCUGAUGGAAUCCAUAAAUCUGUCUCUCUCCUGCAAGAAUCUAUCCGAGACCAUGCCACCAGUUUUAAGGGCUACCAAGAUGUACAACAGAACAUGAUAGCCCACUGAGGACGAGGCAGGAUACCUGGAGAUUUGUGGAAUACAGAUUCCACAAAAUUCGAUCCUUAUUGCUUCCAGCAAGUAGCAUGAACUUCUGUGUUCACCUGUAUAAUUUAUUUUAAAGAUUCAAGGAUGUUUGUAUAAAUGGCACUGCUCCCUCCGCCCCCUAUGCGUUCACCUUUCCCCUGUACCACACAAUUCCACUGUAAUGACCCAUCAAUUUAAAAAAUAUGAUACAAUCUGUUCUCUUUACAUUCAGCCUUUGGAGACCAGAAGACUCUGAAGGUCUUUUCAAACCCUCUGGCUGUCCCACAAAAAUAUAACUGUCAGACCGCUUCCAUUUCCAAGACUAAAUAUACCGAGACGACUUAGUGACCUUUUGCAUGUCUCCUCUCCCUCCUUAAUCCCUUUUCGUUAUACAGGAGCUGGGGAGUGCCACAAAGAUAAUGUCAGCUUGUGUGCAAUAUCUCUGAGGUGUGGCAAGGUGGCAUGGGAGUUGUCUGGGCUCAGAGGUACCUCAGAGAGGGGACCCAGGGGUCAGCCCAGGUGGCAGGGCUGUUGCCGAUAGCCACGGAGGACCGGUUCAGCUUGGGCUGUUGGUCCAGCUCCGUACUGCCUACAUGUAGCCAUCUUUGCCUUUUGCUGCAAUGGAGAUGAGCAAUGGCUUCAACAAAGGCCCACAGCUGGUUUGCAGAACCACUCAAUUUUAAGUGCUGCUGAAAUUGCAGAGCAGAAAACCAUGUGUGGGAACUGUGGUUACAGGAAAUGGCGCACUACGACAGCGUUUACUUUUAGGCUUUUUUGACAUAAUAGAAAGCAGGCUAAUCGACUGGAAAUAAAACAGCAAAAGCAAAAGUAGCAACAUAUGUCAAAGUAACUCACUUAAGCAAGAAAACAGUCGCUGGAAUGUUGCACAGAGGCUAAAAGAUUCAGGUACAGUGGUGAGAGGGGGCCCAUUUUAGGUUUUCCUUCUAAGGUUUUGGUUUUCAUUACCCCAAGUAAGCCUUGUCCCAGGGACAAAGCCUCGUUUUAUGAGUUCCACUGCCAGAUUUCCGAGAUGCCUGGAUCUUUCUGAUGGCUGCCUCACCUACUACUUGUCAGGUUCCAAGGUCAUACCUGAUAGCACUACAGCCCCAUUUUUCAUGUACAGGUUGGUCAAAUAUAUUCUUUUUUCUGUUUCCCCUACCAGAAUGUUCUUAGUGCAGACUACUGUGGGAGUCUAGCCAGGAACAUCUUGCUGGCAGUAGAAUUACAGCUUCUAAUCCUGCCACGGAUCAUUGGUACUUACAGGCACCUCUAUUAAGGACUCUAUGAUAACUAAAGUAUCAGGAGAAAAAGUCUUCUUUCACUGAAAAGAUCUACUUGACUUGGGUAGAAGGCAAAAGUGAAAGUGGGUGACCUUUUUGCUUUAAACUAAACUGAUGUCUUCUGAGCUUUCUUCCAUUUAGUUCUUAGACAUAAAGUGUUUCCCUAGUGUUUCUGCAUGUAAACAUAAAUGACUGUCUCUCUACAUUUAAUUUAAAGCUCCAGUGGUGAUGCCUUGCUUAUCUGAACCACUUUUGGUCACGUAUCAUUUUGAAAGUACAAAGAUGAUAUAUAAGGUAUUAGUUUGGAAAAGCCUCUCAGUGGAUGGGGACUAAGUCUGUCCUUAGUUGUUUCAAAAUCAAAUUGUUGGCAUUAUUUCCAGCUGUGGGAGAAUGGGUUGGUUGUGAGUAAUCUAUUUCCAUACAUCAGUCUUAGAAAUGGAACUAUGUUUUGGGUUUUCUGGUGAGGGCAAAAGGGACUGGAGUAGAUUAUUUCCAGAAGCUAGGAGAAAAAAAAAGCUCCAGGAGAAUUUGAUCACUGGGCUUCUGCUGGGAGUUUUCCAGUUGGUGGGACUGUCAAGGAGAUGUUGUGAUGACAGAAAUAUAAUCCUUAUGGCAGACUGGAAUCUGGCUUUGAAUGGUGCCUUCCAUUCCCUAGACUGAGCGAAGCAUUUGGCUAUGCAGCCAGUUAGCAGCUGCCAUUGCUGGGAUGAAGGACUCUGCUUUCAGCAACUACCAUCUCAUGUUUCUCUGUGAUGCCUCAAAGCGGCCCAGAGAAAAUUGAGGGUACAGGUGGCUAUGGGCCAAUUCAAAUAGCUCCAACUGAAGUCACACGUAAAUCCUUGAUAUGGAAAUAGAUGAGGUAGUGACUACUGUAGGGGUCCUGGUGCAUUUGGAAAUUGUUCCAAAGCAGAAAAAGAAAGACAAUGUCCUACGUUAUUGAUGGGGAAUGACAUAGGACCAAGGCAAAUAUCUCUGAAAAAGCAAACACCCAGAGAACUUAGGUUUUACAAAAAAAAAAAAAAAAAAGCAUGAAAAAUGAUCAGAACAGUGACCUAUUUAAUGGCUUCAACAUUAAAUCUACCUCCUGUAGCUUUUUAAAAAAAUUGGCCACUGCAUGUGACAGUCCUGGGCUUUAGAAAGAGCAAAGAACAUGUGCUCAGGAGUUUCCAACGCAGCUUAAGGUAGGUAGUGGCCCCUCUAAUGGGCCAUCUGGAAGUACAGAAGCAAUAGUCUGGCCCUGGUCUGAAAAUCCACAUUACUUCAAAAGACAUAAAACUAUAUACCUAUAGAAAUACAAUUGUCUACAAAACCAACUGAGAUGGUACUGCCAAGAGUAGCUAGCUUAGCUGCCAUUCCUCUGUGUUUGGCUCAGAAGAGCCUUUCCUGUCGUGGCACUGUCUGCUCUGGGAUUCCAUUUUUAGAUUAGACUUAUAGAGGCAUGAGAAAUGGAGAGUUAUUAAAAGCCAACAUUAUAUAACCUUAAAGGUAGUCAUUUGUGAAGCCUUAUAUGCCAGUAUUACACAUUUAAUGAAAAAGAACCCAGUUGAGCUCUGCUUUAUCACAUUCAAGGACUUGAUAAAGAACAGAAGCCAAGAAUGAAAUAAACACCACAGCCAGGAAUUUCACUUGGAGAGUUUUGGUUACCUCUAUAGAGGUUAUGACCUAAAAUGAAUGCAAUUUCUGAAACAGAGAAUUUAGCUGGCAAGUACACAACCAUUAAACUAGUGACAGCUGCUGGAAAGCCUCACGUUACCCGUUGUUCCCCAUCCUUCCGUCCUAGCUGGCCUUAGUGCGUAGGCAGAUCCGUUUGCAUUGAGAGAUACUCAACAAGUAGGUAGUUUUCAUUUAGACCUAGUAACAGUUUCUUUGCCUAAAGGAUUUCUGGAAUUUAUUGACUAGACUCCUCACAAUAUCCAUGUCUUAGAAAAUGUGGGCGCAGCAGUUUUAUUUUUUUACAUGUCAAUUUUAUUUUAACUGCUUAGAUUUUUAAAUUAUAAAAGUAGAACGUGCUUUUUGUAAGAAGUUCU